AGAGACAGACAAAUCAAGAAGUCGACCAUAAGGUCGGUUCUUGGUUGUUAGCAGGUGAAAGGCGGAAGAAUAGGAGGAGGCGAAGGUGGUGCAGAUGAGGCCACGAUCAAUCUGCGACAGGGUGGCGGAGGAGUAUUACGAGCCUGACGGUUGUUAUUGCGAAAAUCGGUGCUUCUGACAGCCGGACUGCAGGAGGGACAGACAGACGGUAGUGUGCCACAGCAGCCGCAGUGCUUGCGAAUACUCGAUGGAUGAGUUCCAUCCAUUCAUUGAGGCCCUCCUACCAUUCGUGAAAUCUUUCUCGUACACGUGGUUCAACCUACAAGCCGCCAAGAGGCGUUACUACAAGAAACACGAGAAACGGAUGAGUCUCGAAGAGGAACGUCAGUGCAAGGAGGAGCUCCAGAACGAGAAGCUGGAGGUGAAACAGAAAUGGGCCUCGCGGCUUCUAGGCAAGUUACGAAAGGAUAUCACGCAGGAGUACAGGGAGGACUUCGUGCUGAGCAUCACGGGGAAGAGGCCGGCCAUGUGCGUGCUUAGUAAUCCUGACCAGAAGGGUAAAAUGCGUCGCAUCGACUGCCUGCGUCAAGCCGAUAAGGUAUGGAGGCUGGACCUGGUAAUGGUGAUCCUGUUCAAGGCAAUUCCGUUGGAGUCGACGGACGGGGAACGGCUGGAGAAGACUGCGGAAUGUGCUCAGCCGGGCCUCUGCGUCAACCCCUAUCACAUCAACGUCUCCGUCCGGGAACUCGAUCUCUACCUCGCCAAUUUUAUCACCAGCCACGAGGUCCUAAACGGCAUCUGCAACGCGAGCAAGGAGGAAGAGAGGCGGCGAAAAGGUGCAGGCUACCACGAACUAUAUAACGGCGUUGUCUGCAAUGACACGAUCCUAGCGACAGGUGUCUUCAGCUCGAAGGAGCUCUGGAUGCUUUCAAAAGCGUCCAUACUGCAUGACCUCAGCGACAUGCAGCCUCAAAUAAACGCGAUCAAAAUAGAGCACCCGCCGUACUACUGCAGCAGCUACACCCCUCCGUCCGCAGCCACGGCAGCGGAUCAUGCUCAGCCAGCGGCUAGCUUCAGCCCACCACCGGUGCAUCAGCUGAUAAGGAACGACAAGACUGAAAAGCCCCCCGCGGUUUCCGUGUCGAGCGCGCCGACAUUCUCGCCGGUGCUCAGGCCCGAGGAUGGCCACCGUGGAAUGGACUCUCCGCACUCGCAGACCGGAUUGCACUCGCCGCACGAAGGGCUGGCCGGUGGUUCCGGGCAAAGUAUGUCCGGGCUGGCCUACUACCAACCGGAGCAUCCCGCCUCCACCGGGGUGGUCAAGUACCCCGAGAACGGUCACGACACCCUGUCGGAUUUCGUGACGUUCGUCUGCCAGGAGGCCGAGAAUACUCAGCAACUGCCCCAGGCGCAGCUAGCCGGACCGCGCACUGGCAUACAAAAGUUCUCACAGUAUUACCCGAGCUCGAUGCUGCCGCCGCCGCCGCCGGCGCCGAUGGCCAGGCCGGUCGCCAUCAUAAGGUCGACCGGCGAGCUGACCGCCACGAGCUCCAACUCGCCGCCCACUUCGUCCACCUCGCCCACGGACCCAACCGAGCUCGCGUCCAAUCAGGAGCAAAUGGCCGCCGCGGCAGCCGUCGGACUGGUGAGUUCCGGUUGCCAGAGCUCGGUCGACCCGACCGGAAGGAAGAGCCCCGCCAGGAUCCUCGUCACCGCGCCGCACACCAGCCGGGAGUACACGUUUGCUCACUUUCACUCGCAGCCUGGACAGCAAAUAUUCACGUAUCCCACCAUCAGCUCGAUGUCCGGGGUGAUCUCCCCGACGAACCUCUCGCUGUUCUCGUCGCCGGUCUCGGUGACGAGGCCGGUGGCCACCCAGAGAUCCGUCUCUAACGUGCCGCCACGCUGGAACACCGCGCCGUUCAUCAACCUCGAGGACGACUACAACAUGAUCGCGCCGAUCAUCACCGGCACCGCCAGCGAGCCGCCCUCCACCAUGGACGAAGACCGAUACUUUCACCCGGUGCACACGAGCAGCGUGGUGGACAAGAGCGGCGCCGGCGGCCUGAUGGGCACGGAUCUAGGCGUGGCGACCGACCCAACUUCCCACCACCAUCAGCAGCAGCAGCAGCAGCCCCAACAACCUCAACAACAGCCUCCACCUCAACAACAACAACAACAGCAGCAGCAGCAGCAGCAACAACAACAACAGCAGCAGCAGCAACAGCAACAACAACAACCACCGCCACCUCAGCAGCAGCAGCAACAGCAGCAGCAGCAACAAGUAAUGCAGGACAAGAGCGGCAGACCGAAAUCUCCCCCGUGACACUGGAGGCUUAGAGGAGAAAGCGUCGAGAACAAGCUCGCGUGUUCCACGGGGUCGUUACUCACCGGCGCGUACGAUAAUUACACCCCUGAGCCGGAGGGGAGUCGCCAGGAUUCCUCGUGUCGUGUUCAGCUUCGCGACCUAAGCCUGCGGAGAAUCGAGUGCCUGAGAGUCUGAUCGUAGUUUAAGCGGGCCGCGUCGGGGGACCGUUCGACGCCGCUUCUGGCGACCAACCGGGCCUCCGCCAUCUCUCCCUCUCUCUCUCUCUCUCUUUCUCUCUCUCUCUUUGUCCAGGGGUUUAAAUCACCCUUGUUAUUCGCCCUCUGAGGCUCGACACCGCCUCUCGUCCUUCUUUCGACUUGUGUUCGCGUGAACAGAAAAUUUCUUUUCUUCUUCUUCUUUUUCUUCUUCUUCUUGGAAGAUUCUGAAACUCGAUGAUUUCAGUUUUCGGUGGAAAUUUGUCCGAUUUCGAUCGGUGAAAAGUGUUUUGUAUUUAAAGUUGAUUUGUUUUUUACGUUUUCGACAGACAGAAUUGACUUGUUCAUUUAUAUAUGUGUAUGUGUAUAUAUAUAUAUAUUUUCUUUUUGCGUUUUUAAUUUCAUUCUCGGUUGAGCCUUUCGAUUUGGAAAAUUUCGUCAGAUCUCAGAGUUUCAGUGGAGGUUUCAUCCGAUGGAGAGAUCGGUUCAUUUUUCUUUUCUGCAAGAGUGAUUGGUCCACUUUUUUUUUUAUAUAGAAAAAAAGUACUAAUUAAUCUGAAAUUAAGUUUAAGAACGCGAGGCAAUCCUCCAGUCCUCAGAGGGUAAGCGUUUCGGUCAAUUAUUACUUCCGCGCCACCGGAAGCGUCGUUCUCCUCCCUCGACGCGCUGUUAAUUUUCUAACACUCUCUCUUUCUCCCUCCAUCUCUUUCUCUCUUUCUCUCAAGUGUCCUCCUCGGUGAACGUGAGUAAGGACCCCCCCCCCCCCCCCCCCCCCGGUCUCGUCUUCUAAUCGAAAAACGUCAGCCGACAAAAUUCCAAACUCCGGAGCAAGGAAAAAAGAAGAAGAAGAAGAAGAAGAAGACGAAGAAGAGAAAACGAAAGGAAAGGAAGCGCGCGGAAUUUUCUUGUACAUACACGCUCGUGGUAUUUUGUAAAAUCGUAGACGACGUUAGGGUAGUAGCCGCAUCCGAACGACGAGAGACGACAGGGAAAAGAGAAUAAGCAAACGGAUCGAGAGAAACGAAGAAGAAGAAAAGAAAAAAAAAACAAAAAAAAAGAAAAAAAAAGAAAGAAAGAAGAAGAAAUUUCUAGUGCCAAUCUCAAGUAGAGAGUUUAUAAAUAUUAUAACGAAAUUAUAAUUUUCUAUUAUAUUUUUUUAUAAUAUUUAUGAAGGAACACAAAAAAACACGUACGCACGUGCACACAUGCUUGACACGUAGACGACACGCGACGGCGUGGUGUUCACCGAGAAAUCGAUGGCUUCUUCUUCAUCGAGGGAGCAGCGAACAUUUUUUUGAAAAGUAACACGAGUAACAAUGGGAUGAAAAGGGGGGGGGGGAUGCUAGACUAAAGUAGCAAUAGAUGUUAAUUAUAAUAUUGAUAAUAACGAUAUAAAACCGAUAACUUUGUAACUGUACGACUACGUUGAUUAUAUAAUAAUCGCCUAAACGCUCAGGCCCUAGUGCUGACACUAG